AAUUCUGAUAUAAUUAUUUAAAUGGAAAGUUUUAAUCAACCCUCAUCUUGAAGCUCGAAUAAAGCCAUAGUUCUGGACUUUGAUAGCAAGAGCAUUCAAGAGUUAUUUUACAAUCAGUUUGCUGAUGGAUCAACUGAAGCGGCCAACAAAGAGUUCUGAGAAGGAUUUAUAAAAGAAGUGGAAAAUAAUGAUGUAGCUGUGUACAUCUAUAAAAACACCUCCCCUUCACAGAAAGAGUCAGUUGAAGAAGUUCUUGAUGCUAUUUUUGAUGAAAAAGCAUCUUACAGGCUUAUUUCUUCUAAGGCUCUCUUAUUUAUGAUCUUAGGAAUGAUUUUUAACAGAAAGUGUAGUGUGAUCGUCUAUUCGUCAGAAAGACUGUUUAUCCCAGUAGAGAUAUUCCAGGAGCUCGGGAUCACUAAUAAGUCUGAGACCUCUGUAAUUUUCAGAGACUCAAAAAUGUUGAAGAGUUUUGCUCUGAAAGAGUUUGAACCAGAUCUUAGAACUUCUGAGCAAAUUCUUUCUAAAAAAUGCCCCCCUAGCUCCGAAACAACUGAUUCUGGUGGGAAACUCUCUUUUCAAAAGAAAGAGUUGAUAAUGAGUGAAAAGAUGACAUCGCCACCAGCUCUUCUGUUGUACCCUUUAAUGUCUUGUUCUACAUCCACAAAGAAUAAAAUUAGUAGCAUUGAAGAUCUCACUCUCUCUUCAAUGUCAGAUGGUAUUGCUGGCACAUUGGAACAAAAUAAUGAAAAAUAUGAAAUAAUUUUUAAUGAUCUUCUUCCUAAACUUUUGAACAAAAAGAAAGAGAAAAGUAAGGAAUUUUCGAAGUUAAUUGUCUACCUGAAUAACACAGUGGAGCAACACCUUCUUAAACAUACUCACAUGAGCACACAAGAAAGACAAGACUUCUUUGUAUUCACCUUCUUGAAAUUAUGAAAGAAGCAGUGGCUCAGAGGUGAACUUCCAGAUCUGCUGAUGAGUCUUCCUCCAGGCUCCUUAUAAACUAUGAGAAGCUGACAAACAUGGGACAAGCUGAACUAAGUAUUGACUCCUCGGAGAUACCCAACCUAGCCUUAGCAACUUCACCAAAGAAAUCAAGUAUGUACAGAAAGAAUGCUACCAUCCUAUCAGCAAUAGUAACAACGAUGAUAAAAAUGAUGGUUGGUGAUCAGGAAGUAAGGAGCAUCAACAAUCCUAUUUCCAUGAAAAAGUUGAAGCUCCAAAUCAUACAGUGGAUAAAUACGUAUACCAAGGCAAAUAAGGAGGAUAAAAAUAUUCGCUUUCCUUGAUACUAUAAGAGCAUACCUAAUAUAAUAGUCCAGGUACUCAAACACAAAGAAGUUAUAACACAAUCCGAAGAAGGUGUCCUAAUUGAUUGGGAUGGACUGGACCUACUGUCUGAAGAGUUGGAAAAGGUUUCAGAUCAAUCUUACUUCAUUCCUUACUUCCAAUCGUUUAAGUAAAGAUAAUUUAUAAGCCACCCAGUACUCAAAACAUCUAAUAACCUUCUCCUGGCUAAUCCUAAGCUUAUUCGAACCAAGCUUGUCUUAAGAACUACUCUGAGAAUUCACCUGUUAAACAAGUUACUAACAUGUCAGUAUAGCAUAACAAUGGUU